UUGGAAUGUAAACUGUAGAUAUAAUCAUGUUUAUCCAAGGCUGUAUGUUUUCAGAUGCAGGCAGUGGAUCAAAUUUGUUGGAAACGAAGACCCAUGUUACAUUUAUUGAAACAUGUAUGUGCAGAAAGCUCUAUUAAUAAAAAUAAUUCGGUUCCACAUUAAGCCCGACUACGUAUUAGUCCACUCAAAGAACUAUCCACUAUAUAACAUAAUACAACUGAAAUGUGGACUCGAUACUAACCUGAUUUCGAGUACAACAUUUGUAGACAGUAGUGUUGAGUUGCUCACUCGUGAGGCACCUCAUUUGUACCACUCAUUUAGUUAAAUUGUCGCAGAACUUCACACCGCAUAAAUGUCAUACAUCACUCCUCAAUUAAUUUUACUUAUUUACUCGCGCGCAUCACACACAGCUCUUACCACUCAAACCAUUCAAACACUUCAAAUUUGAAAAAAAACUCUCAGCCUUUCAAACUCACUCGCGUUCCUCACAACUCGCAAGAGAGUCGCUCGGUGCUCGCCGACAUUCAAAUGAAGAAAUAAGUCAUUGACGUCAUCGCAUUCAUCGCUCACACUAUCAACUGCCCAACUACAAACCUUAUUGCAAGGACAAAAGGUCCACCGCGAAAUGCGUUGUGUUUAUUCACUCGCCUCACUGUGACAUCCCCUCAAAAAUCCUUUCAAAAUGAAACAAUGAAUUAGAUUUACCGAAAGAGGGAGUGAGACAGACACGCGCCGUGCUUCAAUAACACCUCAUCGAAAAUACGUUAAAAAUGAAACACGAAAGAAAACAAGCGUAAGCGUCCGCAAGCUUACAUAUAUAUUACGCCAUUUUGAUCCUAGCAUUGCUAAGUUACUUGUCAAAAGCGAAAAAUCUAAGUCAUCAAAGAACCUACCGAUGAAAGUUUUUUCUCUCUGUCGCACUUGUAAUUUCAUACGUAAGUGCGACAGCAAAGCAAAACUUCGUGGUUCGCGGUAGGCCUCCAUAUUUGUUAGCUAUUAUUGUACUAACGCGCAUACCAGUAUAACCUGACCUCAAGACUCAUAUUGCUGGUGUCAUGUAUAAUCUGAAUCAAUUAGACUGGACAGUGAAAUGGUUACUUGAUAAGCGAUUGAAAUGCCAACCAAGUCUCACUGGGCAUUUACGAAGCUAGCUUAGAAACAGUUAUCGUUUAAGAGACCAAAAUAUUAUUUAAAUUAUUGAAAUAUAAUAUAGUGGCGUACACAAAAUAUGAUAUUAUACAUUAGUUUAUUAAUAAAAAAGUAAAUAUAAUUUGUAUAGGUGAAAUAAACAUGUACAUUUUAACGAUUUGAAUUUGUAAUACUUUUUGUUAACGUGCUUCGUAUAGUAUUUCGAUCAUUUAUGAUUUUGACAUAUUUAUAGUACGAGAAACUCGAAAAAGUUGUUCGUAAUCUUUAGUUGUGUUUUAUAAAUAGUGAUCAGUGACCAUUCUUAUAAUUAUACCAAAGUAACAAUAUAUUAACAUUGUUUUCGCGAUAAAAUAUACCUGUGGGUCUUUCUUUGUGUCUUUUGCAUACAAAAAUCAAGUGUAUAUUACACGCCGGUGGCAUUACCGCGCGAACGUUAUUGAGGCUUUCGUUUGUUAUCAUAUUACAAUGCUAUUAUUACUGAUAAAUUAUGAGGUGGUAAGUUAGUAAUUUACAGUACAUAUGGGGCUACUUUAUAGCACUAGUGCGAGAAGUAGCAUAUUAUGUUACUGUGUCGAACAUUUAAAGGGCCAUAUGUACUGUAAAACGUUGUACGAUACAUGUGCGAAUAGGUAACUCGCAACUCGUGUCGAUUUAAAACACUCCCUUCGGUCGUGUUUUAAUUUAUCGCCACUCGUUUCGAAUUUCCUAUUUUUCGCACUUGUAUCGUAAUGUACUAUUCUAUAUAAUAAUGGUACAAAAAAUAUUGGAUUUGUUCUCCUUAGUUUGUUAAUUGUUUGUCUGGUAGUUUAUGGUUAGUAUUUAUUUCAAUAUAUGAAUGUUAAACUUAAAAUGAUAUCAAGUAGCAAGGAUUGAUACUGAACAAUCUAACAAUAAAAAUAAUAAACUGCUAAAUUAGAGCAAGUUUCAUAAAAGCAUCAUAUUAAGUUGCAAUAGGAUGUAUGUACUUUAACUCCUUAGUUUGAUUCUUAAAUGUAUGUCUUCUAUUGUUAAAGUUCUGUUUUAAACCUCCAGAAUUGCACUCCAAGUAAAUAUUUAAAAGGAAGUUUAGCAAUGCCUAAAUAUGUAUUUACAUUAAAUAUGGUUUGCUGCCGUUGGAGUUGAUGGAAUAGUUGAUGCUGCAAAAGUGCUAGUACCUCUCCUCAUUUGAAGUAAGACAUUGUAACACCUCAUUUUAGAGAAUGAGGUACUCAUACAAACUCAUUUUAAAUUGAUGUCCUACCCAUCACUAGUAGACAGGAGUCUAUGUUGAACCCUCCCCAUUUUAUCGAUAUCGAUAAGAAACGCAAGCGUGUAGCGUAAUACACUAUUUAAAUCGGUUAUGUUCGUACUAUGGUUCUUUGACAGUUCCUUGUCGUACAUUUUGGUAAUGAUUUGCGAAUCAAACUGAUUCCACUCGCUAGUAUGGGAGUCCCGUCUCUUAAAACGUAGUGAUUAUAUGCUCUUUGAUUCGUAAGACGGACACGUGACGUAUGUAGUCGUUGAAAUUAUGUAUCGUUGAUUAUUUCUCUCCUGAAAGAUAAACUUUUUAAUGUUAAAUAAUUGUAAUCGUUCAGAAGUGUAAAAUUUUUAAUGUAAUAUAAAUUGUCAUAUUUGUGUACGAUAGCCCAAUAAAUGACUAUUGUAUUUUACCACAUAAAUGAUAGUACUUUUAUACUGAUAAUUAAAGCAAUUCGUGCAAAAUUAUUCCCUAACCAUUCCAAAAUAUUAAAAAUGCAGAGCAGCGAGCUCAACGAGGGGUGGGAGGGGGUUAGGGUUGGCAACGCGCAUGUAACUCCUCUGGAGUUGCAGGCGUACAUAGGCUACAGAUACUGCUUACCAUCAGGCGGGCCGUAUGCUUGUUUGCCACCGACGUAGUAUAAAAAAACGCACAACGUUAAUAUUCAAGUUUUCACUUCUGCCGGCACCCCCGGAGUGCAACCCGUUGUUUUUUUUAAUUUAUUGGUUUUUAGGACCUUUGUAUUAUACAUAUCGGCCCUAUCAAGUCAGCUUCUUAUAGUUUCAGAAAUUACGAAAAUAACAUCCAUAUAAGUAAAUAUUUAUAAAAAAUUAAAAUCUAUUUAUUAAGUAUAACUUCAGCUAAUCUAUACACCAUUUGCCGUGUCCGAUGUUGGGUUACUAGGAACGUGUAUGAAGACACCGAUGUCAUAUGACAUUAGAUUGGCUGAAAUUAUUAGUCCUAUGAAAUUAUAAGACCUCCUUAAGGGCGCGAUUUCUACUACACUCUACAAGAAUAUGAUAGACAUCUUCUACUGAUCCACAGAUGUGGGAGUUCGGAGAGUCGAUCAGCUUCAUUAGAAACCUAAAAUGAUUGAGGGGCAUGUGACCAGUUCGUAAUCUAUGCGCUGUUACGGUUACGACAUCUUUGGGACCCAUGUCAGCAUUAAGUCACCAAGGAAUCCGCGGAGGCUCACUUCACUUGCUAUGGCCUUGUACCAAAUGCCUUUUUCUUUAGAUCGUUCGUUAAAGUAUUCCUUCCAUAGCAAAUGGAUUGUACUCCUAUAAUUGUGCGACUAAAAGCACAAUCGUUCGUUCAAUCGUUUCAUUUCCGUCUACUGCAGCCCGUUUCACUAGUUGAACAGCUUUCUCAUUACCGGUUAAUCCUAUAUGAGAAGGAACCUAUUGCAGUCGCACUACACUACUAGUUUGUCCUAAAAGAAGAAUCUUUUCAAGAAUUUCAUAGACAGUUGGUACCCCUCUGUGUCCACGAAUCGUUCGUGAAAUAUGUUGUAAUGCACUCUUACUAUAAACUUCAUGCAUGAGGCUAAUUGUAAAGAAGAAUAUAUCUAUGAAUGAGUAACCUAUGUAGAUGCAUUGUAGACGUCAUUGAAUGUCAUUUAUGGUUUUUAAACAUCUUUUUUGCUCGAUGAUAUUAGAAGUCCUCUUAUGGUUCUUAUUUAUCAUCCGUAUUGUAGUACUUUAUAUUACUUUUAGAAAAGACUAUAUUCUUCAUUUAAAAUACAAAUGGAGGAGAAACAACUUUUUGGCGCCUUAACGGUGUAUCGUGAACGCGGAUAUUAUCUAAAUCGACUUGAGCAGUUUGAGAAAUCUAAAGCUUCGUUUGAUGAGGCUUUUAAAAGUACACCCGAAGAUGUGCGCACCCUGACGGGGCGCAGCAAAGCCUGUGCGGAUGCCGUGCAGCCUGUACAGGCGUACUCCGACGCCGAGCUGGCGCUCAAGCUGGCACCUCACUUCAUACUCGCGCGCAACAUGCAGGCGCGGGCGCUCUACACCAUGUCGGACUUCGAACGUUCGCUUGUCAUGAACUAUCGAGGAUACAGGCAACGUCGCCAACCUCCAUAUUUCUUAGAAGGCAUUAAUCAAGGAACAGAAACAAUAGAGGAUUGUGUUGGGCGAAAUGCCGGUAAUGUUAUGUUAGAUUUUUUGCCUUUAAUCAAACAAAACGAAGCAAAGAAAGUAGACGAAGACGCCGCUACGCCAAAAUCACUGCAUAAGUGUCGUAUACCCCGACCCAUAAAAAAAAAGAAACUAACACAAAUGCAAGCGAGAAAACAUUUAACAUUAGCUCGUGUGCUUGCAAUGAAAUAUUUGGGUCCUAUGGCGUACGAUAAGUUCUUUUUACAAGAGCUUACUGAGGACCCUCGUGUUUAUUCCGCAAAUGCCGCAGGUAGUCGUGAACUUAAAGGAAUUAUCAACGAAGCUCUCCGGUCAUUAACCGAGCGACAAGAUAUGAUGCGAUCGCAGAGACCUUAUUAUACCAUCAAAUUAGCGGAAAGAGCCGAAUCCAAGUACCAGAACAAGUACAAGGAGGAAGUGUUAAUAAAAUGUCGAGAAAUUGGAGCAAGAACUGCUGAGCGCCUUUUGAAACAAUUAGAAAAGAGCAUGCGUGAUAAACGAAUUAUGGACCUGAUCUCGCAAGCUGAGAAAAUGCAGCGUUUCCUAGACAAUAAUACACCACGUACACUGCCGGACAAGGAUCUGUACAUAGAUCGCUUAUACAGAGCGGUUGGGGAAGGAUACCUUUCUCAACAUCGCCUAUCGUACACUCUGAGCGAGCGGGGUAAUCGCCGACGUAUCGCUUUUCUCAUGGGCCUUCCAACCGGUCGACCCACUUCUUUCGAUUCUGUUAUGGCAAAUUAUCCGUACAAAUUCAUCGAUAUUGAACAAGCCACAGCCAAAGUUAUGGCAACCUUAGAAAUGUGUGAAAAUGCUACUCAGAAAUGUUGGCUACAGUAUGAAUUAGCUCGUUUACUUAGUACACAAAAGAAUUAUACAUUGGCUAAAUAUUAUGCUAAACGAUGCCAAAAAGAUGCCCAAGAAAUUGCGAGCCCCGUUUGGUGGCUUAACGGAUGUUUUGUAUUAAUGAGCGGUGAUAUGCAACAGGGCAACUCAAACGAUGUUAGAAUUGAAAUUGAAGAAGCACAUGAAUGGACAAAGAAAUUACAAGAUUCGGAGCAAGUUCAAGCGUUCCUGGCCAAGUGCCUUCAGAUGGUGUCAGAAACCGUGACAGUGGACGAGCGCAAGGCGAUCGUGCAGCGCGAGCGGCAGAUCGUGCGCAACCUCGACGACGCCGAGACGCGAGUGGAAACGGAGGUACUGUUCAAGCGCAUGUCAACAGUGCCAACAGGGCGUCGGUUCUCGGUGUUGCCGUGCAAGCAGGAGGGCGUCAAAAAAGAGUCGGAGCGACGUCUCCGCAAGCAGCGCGGCCUGACCGUCGUUUCAGGUCCAGAAAAAGCAUUGCCAAAACCACCGAGAACAGUAGUCCCUGGUUUACAACGAUUCGACAUUUAGUUUCUUACUUAUAUUUUUUAUAUACCUUCGGUUAAUUUUUUGUUUUUAUUUGUAUCAAUAUGAAAUUUAUUAAGUAAAGAAUAUUCUUUAAUAA